AUGCGGUCGGAGGAGACGAUCCAUAGUGAGUUAGGGGCAGGAGAUGAUAUACUUAGCGAGCUCGUUGGGGAUGACGAGGAAGAUGGAGGUAGAGGCAAGAAACCUAGGGCAGGAAGGGCGGGUGUUGCAUUUCUCCGCCUUCCGAGCCUCCUCUAUCUGUUGACACUUCUCACAACCAAGCCCAAGUCUGUGGCCGUUGAUGUCGCGUUAGCACAUCUCCACGCUAUUGUGCUCGAUCACUUCCACCUCCCAAGCAUCCUCCCACGCACAGUUACACCUCCUCUAGGGCUCCUGGGCACCUUCUAUGUCUAUGUCACGACGCCUACUAUGGCCUUGGGCGUCACUGAUGCUGGGUAUCAAGCCAUGACACAUCUUCGCCUCCCUCCAAUGCUGGUGGUGAGCUCCCAGUCUGCUCUGGCCAUCGUGUCCUCCAACAGUGACAUACACAAGGGAUGGGUCAGAGUUGCUAUUAGUCUGGAGCAUCGCGGAGGAGUGCGAGUCCGACCGCACCGCGACCGAAACAGAUCCAGCCCUUGCUGCUCCUCGUCUCCGUCUUCUUGGCCGGGAAGAAAGGAAGGGAAAGGAAGCGGCGGAGACCAGGCGAUGGCGGCGCCGCUGGAGUUCCUGGAGGCGCAGGGCUCGACCCGGCCGGAGCUGGCGGAGUGGUACGCCGCCCUCGCCGACCUCUACCAGCGGAAGCUCUGGCACCAACUCACCCUCAAGCUUGACCAGUUCCUCGCCCUCGCCGUCGUCCAGGCGGGUGAUGCUCUGAUUCAGCUGUAUACUCAUUUCAUCUCUGAUUUCGAGAGCAAGAUCAAUCUUCUUAAAUUUGCUCACUUCGCGGUAGUAGUUUCACGCCAGUAUUCAGAUAAAGAUGCCGGUAUAAGCUAUCUCGAAGGCGUAAUUUCGAAGCUGCGUGAUACCAAGGAAUCACGGGUUGAAGAGCCCAUUCUGUAUGUGAAGAUGCAGAUUGCAAGUUUUCUUCUUGAGAAAGGGAAUCAAAAGGAGUGUAAGAAACUGGUAGACGAGGGGAAAACCACUUUGGAUAGCAUGGACGAUGUUGAUCCUUCAGUACAUUCGACCUAUUAUUGGUUAUGUUCUCAGUACCAUAAAGUGUGUCAAGACUAUUCUGAAUUCUAUAAAAAUGCUCUUCUCUAUCUUGCAUACACAACAGUGGAGUCACUUUCAGAACCAUUCAAACAGAACCUGGCAUUUGACCUCUCACUUGCUGCUUUAUUGGGUGACAACAUAUACAACUUCGGGGAGUUGCUUGCCCAUCCAAUUAUCCACAGCCUUGUGGGAACAUCGGUGGAGUGGAUUUAUCAUAUAUUGCAAGCGUUCAACUCUGGCAAUCUAGCAUCCUACCAGGAACUCUGCAAAGUUCACGCCGCCGCUUUGAGUGCGCAGCCUGCUUUGGUACAGAAGGAGAGGGAACUUCUUGAAAAGAUCAAUAUCCUUUGCUUGAUGGAAAUCAUUUUCAGUCGAGCAUCCCAAGACCGUACAAUCCCGUUGAGCACUAUAGCUGAACAGACCAGGCUCUCAGUUGAAGAUGUGGAGUAUCUACUAAUGAAGAGCCUCUCUGCUCAUCUUAUCGAAGGCAUUAUUGAUGGGGUCGACGGGACUGUCCAUGUUUCAUGGGCGCAACCGAGGGUCCUUGGGAUUGACCAAGUGAAAUCCCUGCGUGACCGGCUUGAUACCUGGGUCGGGAAGGUGCACACUACUUUGCUAUCUGUUGAAGCCGAGACACCCGACCUGAUAACUGGAGGCCCUCUAUACCCACAUCGUUGUUGUCCCGUGCUGCAAACGGUCAAGGUCGCUGCCACCAGAUGUCGCCUUGGUUCGUGCAAUGACAUCAAUGUGCUCCAACGAUCUCCUUUAUUCAAGAGACUUUGUGAUGGGGAAGCUCCAUCAUGCAACUACACUGUCAACGGGCACAAGUACAACAUGUGGUACUAUCUUGCUGAUGCUAUCUAUCCUCAGUGGGUGGCGUUUGUCAAGACCAUAUCCGAUCCACAUGGAAACAAACAAAGCCACUUCGCAACAUGUCAAGAGGCAAUUAGGAAGGAUAUGGAGAGAGCAUUUGAAGUGCUUCAAGCUCGUUGUGGUAUUGUUCGUGAAGUUGCAAUAACAUGGAAAACAAAGACAUUUGACAGCUCAUGA